CAGGCUUGGGGUGUGGCUCAUACACGCAAACGACUCGCUAUGGCGGAGAAACUCCGUGAAAGGCUGAGGGCUGUAGAGUUCUACGCUGGAGUCGGAGGCUUCCACUAUGGUUUGUUGAGGUCUGAGGCUCCGGCAGAUGUUGUCGCGUCGUUCGAUCUCAACCCCACCGCCAAUGCGAUCUACGGACACAACUUUCCAAAUACAGCGCACCUCAAUCGCAACAUAUGCGGUCUCUCGCCGGCAGAUCUCGACCGCCUCCGACCCGACAUCUUCCAUAUGUCUCCUCCGUGUCAGCCGUUCACGCGCCAGGGACUCCGCAGAGACAAAGACGACCACCGUACGGACAGUUUCUUUCACCUGAUGUCCCUCAUUCCCCAAUUGAGUUGCCCCCCUAAUUAUAUCCUAAUGGAGAACGUCCAAGGCUUCGAGAGAUCGCACACGAGGGCAGAGUUUACCGAGACACUGAAAAAGGCAGGCUACAGUUACCAAGAGUUUCUCCUGUCCCCUAGUCAGUUUAGAGUCCCAAAUUCGCGACUUCGCUACUAUCUCUUGGCGAAAAAGAGGCCUCUGGAGUUCUGUAUGAGUCCAGUCGAGCAGCCUAGUCAAGAUGCUCACGCUUUGACAGAGUUUUCUCAGGAGAUGGCUGUCCAGCAAGGUCCAGCUCACUCCUCUUCCAUUGAACCCUCCCUCUCUCCCUACCUCGAGAACCACUCUGAAUCAUACCUACACUCACUACUAGUACCUACUCACAUCCUCUGCAAGUACGCUCUAGCCAUGGACAUUGUACGACCAGACUCCACCCAUUCUUGUUGCUUCACACGAGGAUACGGGAACUAUGCCGUUGGUACUGGCUCCGUCCUUCAGCACUGUCUCGCUGAAGACGACAUGCACAGCUGUUUCAAGAUUUUCAAAGAAAAGGGAGAGCAUGGAGACGCGGAAUCUGCAGCCGAGGCUCUUCUGCCCCUCAAGUUGAGAUACUUUUCGCCGAGAGAGGUGGCCAACUUGAUGUGUUUCCCGCAGGAUUUCUCGAUCCCAGCCGACGUGACUAUACGACAGAGUUACAAAGUUCUAGGGAACAGUCUGAAUGUACUUGUUGUAUCAAUACUGCUGAAGUACCUCUUAUGUGACAACAGAACGUUUUAAACCACUCUUUGUGCUUCUUUUUAACUUUCCAGCACUGGUGCUAAUCAUGCAUUUUGCUAUCCAUAUAUUUACAAGAA